AUGACUGGUCGUGGUAAAGGUGGCAAAGGCUUGGGAAAAGGUGGCGCUAAACGUCAUCGUAAAGUGUUGCGUGAUAACAUCCAAGGUAUCACCAAGCCUGCAAUCAGACGUUUGGCUCGUCGUGGCGGUGUAAAGCGUAUCUCUGGAUUGAUUUACGAAGAAACCCGUGGUGUCCUGAAGGUGUUUUUGGAAAACGUUAUUCGUGAUGCUGUCACCUACACUGAACACGCUAAGCGUAAAACCGUCACCGCUAUGGAUGUCGUCUACGCUUUGAAGAGACAAGGCCGCACUUUGUACGGUUGCACGCUGUCAGUGAAGGUACCAAAGCCGUUAAAAAGUGAAAAAAUGACUGGUCGUGGUAAAGGUGGCAAAGGCUUGGGAAAAGGUGGCGCUAAACGUCAUCGUAAAGUGUUGCGUGAUAACAUCCAAGGUAUCACCAAGCCUGCAAUCAGACGUUUGGCUCGUCGUGGCGGUGUAAAGCGUAUCUCUGGAUUGAUUUACGAAGAAACCCGUGGUGUCCUGAAGGUGUUUUUGGAAAACGUUAUUCGUGAUGCUGUCACCUACACUGAACACGCUAAGCGUAAAACCGUCACCGCUAUGGAUGUCGUCUACGCUUUGAAGAGACAAGGCCGCACUUUGUACGGUUUCGGCGGUUAA